GAGACGUGUAGGAUAAGAGCUAUCAAUUAUGAUAGCUGUGAUUGUAGAAUCGAAUAUAAUGAGAUUUUUCAGAGGAAAUUCGCUAGUUUCCAAUUUUAGCUGGUUAACAGAGGAAGUCAAAAGAGAUUCAACAUGAAGCUAUUUAUCGCAUUGGUUUUCGCAAUCUUUGUUGCUGUUCAUGCACAAGACUCAAGCUCCAGCGAGGAGCGAGGACAACUUCAAGUUGGAAUCUACUACAAUUCACUCUGUUCGGACACCGCUCGUUUCAUCACCGAUCAACUACUCCCAGCUUAUGAACAUUUGAGCGAUUUCAUUGACCUCUUCUUCAUUCCAUUCGGUAAAGCCUACAGUGUCGACCAUGGAGAAUAUUUCAUCUGCCAGUUCGGUCCAGCUGAAUGCUACGGAAACAUGCUCCAAUUGUGUGGCUUGCAUCAAAUUUGCCGCAACGAACAAGCUCAAGUUGACUUCAUUGCCUGUGAAAUGAGAUUGCCGUUCAACUUGAACGCUACUCGACCAGAGUGUUCCGAACUGGUUGGAAUCGAAUGGGACGAAGUAACACACUGCAUCAACAAUGGCUUCGCAAGACAAUUGAAAUUGGACGCUGAACGAAGAACGCACCGAGUUGCAUACCCAUAUCCGGACUUUGUGCCGACCAUUGUCUACAAUGGUGAAUUUGACCAAGAAUUACAAGACAGAUCACUUGUUGAAUUUGCUAAGGUCAUUUGCGAGCAAAUCGACGAUGUCGCUCCAAUCUGCGCAGAAAUACCAUAAGAGAAAUUGUGAUUAAACUAGUUUAACAUCGAGAAAUAGAAAAACAAAUAAAACUACUAAGACUUCA